CCAUUUCCACCUCACCCAAACAAGCUUUUCAACCUUAUAUAUACACACUUUGAAACCUUAUCAUCAUCAAAGCCAAAACUCACAACACCAAGAAAAGUAAACCAACCACACCACAAAAAUGGCAAAAGAAGAGAUGCAAGUUGUGAAGGGUUUGGACCUAGAAAGGUACAUGGGACGGUGGUACGAGAUAGCUUGUUUCCCAUCAAGGGAUCAGCCUAAGGAUGGUGUGAACACAAGGGCCACCUAUGCUCUCAACGAUGAUGGAACUGUGAACGUGCUCAAUGAGACUUGGAGUGGUGGCAAGAGAAGCUACAUCCAGGGAAGUGCUUAUAAGGCUGAACCAAACACUGAUGAGGCCAAAUUCAAGGUCAAGUUCUUUGUUCCUCCAUUCUUGCCCAUCAUACCCGUUGUUGGAGAUUACUGGGUUUUGUAUAUUGAUCAGGAUUAUCAGUAUGCUUUGAUUGGCCAGGGAAGCAGGAAAAGUCUUUGGAUAUUAUGCAGGAACACUCAUCUGGAUGAUGAGAUUUACAAUGAGCUGGUUGAAAAGGCCAAGAAUGUGGGAUAUGAUGUGAGCAAACUCCACAAGACACCACAGAGUGAUCCUCCACCAGAGGAAGAAGGACCCCAGGACACCAAGGGCAUUUGGUGGAUCAAAUCCAUUUUUGGGAAAUAGGUCUUGGGAUACAUAAUUUAUUAGGUUGAACAAGUAUUUCAUUUCAUGUUAUGAAUAGGUAGUUCUUCUCUAAGGAUGUGUUGGCCUUGUUGAGUAUAUGUUCUUAAGUGUUCAAUAAUGAAAGGUUGUAUAAGUGCUAAAUUCACUGUGCCUCAGGUUUUUAGUUCAUAUAAUUUUUGUUUUCAUUA